UUGGAUGCCGGCAAUUUGGUAAACAAAUGUGCGGCCCGCAAAAUUAUAAAAUAAAGGGAUUACAAGCAAAACUGGCAACAUGUCGAACCAGCGCAAGGACAUGUGGAAGCUGCUCUACAACCACGUGAACCGGAACGCCUCCAACUUGUCCCGCGUGUACACCGUGAUCGAGGACAUCCUGUGCCAGGAGCCGAGCCUGAUAAGCUGCUCGCUGGUGCGCGAGCUGCACAACAAAUUCCAGGACACCUUCCUCCUGUGGCUGCUCAACAAGCUGGCCAAGUGCCUGAGCGAGACUCCAGACGGCAGUCAGUGCAUCAAUCUGCAGAGGAAAAUCCUCAGCUCCUGCUGUUCCAAUCACCCGAAGCUGUAUGAGCGCCUGGUCCUGGCCUAUGUGGAGGCCCUGGAGGAGACGCACCAGCAGCUGAGUUCCCUGGACUUCAGGCAAGGGCGUGCCGAACAGAGUCACACUAUAACUCUUAGUAUUUUUCGCUGCGAUGUGGCCUGCCUGCAGGAGUUUGAUCCCCAGUGCGCCUUCGAGGACAUCAAGCUGCCAAUUGAGCAGGCCGACCUGUAUGCCAAGAGCCUGCUGGAGGUCCUGGAGCACGCCCAUCACAUUGGCUAUGCCACGCACGGCGACAUCUUCUCGAGCAGCCUGCACCAGGCCCUGCUAGUCCUCAAGGAGUGCGACAUGGAUACAAAGCUGGCCAGCUUGAACUACUGCCACAGUGUCCUGCGCUCACAGGCGGCCACCAGCUGGUCAACCAAUCCGGAUGUGGGCCACUACGCCCAGUUGACGUUGGAGGCAACGACCAUUAUGUGGUCCACAGUUGCCAAGUGGCUGGAGUUCGGCUGCAUGACACGCCAGGAGCUCACGCAACUAAACGUGAGCACCAAGCAGCUGCUGCUCGUCCUGCACAAGCGUGGUCAACCCGCCCUCCAGCUUGGCUACCUGCUGCUCAACGAGAUUCUCAGCCUGCCCGCCGACAUCGAACUGGAGGAUGAACUGCUUGAGACGCUAAGUGCCUUCAUACAAGGCCAGCUAGAGCGGUCGGUGAUAUCGCUGGAGCAACUGUUGCACUUCCAGCAGCUUUUGCUAAGCCAUUGGCACGCCCAUUCUGAACAUUUACUGCCCAUAUUGGCGCGGAUGGCAGUGCAACAGAUGGAGAUACGCACAACAGUGCUGCAAUCGCUGACACAAAACCUUGUCAAAAUCAUGAAGAAGGAGCAAAUCCUGGCCAGGGAAUGGCAGGAACUGGUUGCCAUUCUACGCGCCUUCAAGCAGCUGGAGCAGCUGGUCUUGGCACAGAGCCAGCAUAGUAUAGCUGGCCAGGAAGCCCACUUCGAUGCCCCGCUAUUGGCCAAGUUGCCGCUACAUUGCGAAAUCACAAAGGUGACGGACACCAACUGGAACAACAUUUCCAUGCAGCUGGUCGAGCAGGAAACCAAGUGCCCCCCAGCCAAGAAGCCCAUAUACCUGGAAAUUUGCUCGCUUCUCAUGCAGAUCACCUUCGUUCGACACGACCUAAAGACGCAGACGCAACACCAGCUGCUGGCCAUUCUCCAGCGGCACAUGGAGCUGUCUCACCUGUGCGGCAUUCGCUUGGAAACGCCCUCGAGUGCGCACACCCAGAUGCAGGGAUUCUAUGCCCAGCACUACGUGAGUCUCAUGCAAGCGGAGGCGACGCAGGAGGUGUUCUGCCGCAAUCUGCCGCAGUUGUACAUAGCGGGCUACAUAAAGGUGGAGCAACUGCUGAAGUCCCUGCCCUCUAUUGCGACUCCCAGUGGACGCGCUCAUGUUAUCCGCUUGCUGCUGUGCUCCCAGCCGGGUACUUUGAGUGUCUUCAAAGUCCAGGAGCGCAUUGAGUUGUACUGCCCGAAGUGCAGACCAUUGCCAGAUGCACUUCCUGGUAUUUACCUGGGUAAAUGCAAGCAGCCAGUGGCACAUUUGGACUUCUCAAACGCCUCCCUUGAGAUAAUAGCAAAGGAUUUUUUGUUUGAUGCCGAUUUUUCCUACGUUUCCCAUCACCUGGACUUGCUGAGCUUCGAGCCCAAGCUGAUCCUGCGACUUCUAAGGGAAGCGGAGGGUCUGCAAAAGGUAAAUGUAAAGAUCCUAGGCCUUCUGGUCUCUGCCAUGCGUGCCCUUUCGCCGGAAUUCAAGGAAAAGUUGGGCAAUCUUGUCCUAAAUGCUAUUAAAGCCAUGCUGGGCAAGCCGCUGGCGGAGCAAAAUGUUUUGCAGCAGAGACGUGUGCUGAACAUCUUGGUGGCCAUUGCCCACUUGGAAGACGAUGAAAUCUGGCUCUUCCACUGGUUCAAAAUGACGUUCUUCUUUUUGGUGCACACCCGCUCGCUGGUCGCUCAAGAGGCUGUGCUGGCGGCCACCGAGAUCUGUGCCAGCCAUGGUCUGCAGACGAUCAACCUGUGGAACUGGUACAAGCGGGAUGCCCUGGAUCUGACCGUGCGUCUGGCCUUGACUGGCUACCUUUCAGAUGGCGUUCGCUUCACCCGAUCCCUGAGAGCACUCACCAAAAUGCUGGGCUUCACCUGCGUGCAGGAGUUCACCUGCAAGUACCAACGCCUGGUGACCGCCAUGGUUCUGCCGCACUGCAUCCUGGAGCCACGUUGCAAGGGAGUUUUGGUGCUGAUAGCCAAACAGAUGCGAAAACCCAUUGCCACCUGGUUUUCCACCUCAUUCCUGCGCAUCUACACCCAUGUAUACCUCACCGAGGAUCCGGAGCUGGCCAACAGUUGCAUUGAGCUAGUAGUCAGCUGCACCCAGUCGAGCCUGCAGCAGCUCAUGAAUGCGGAUGUCAAGCAAACGGUGGCCGAAUUGCUAAUCUAUUUCAACCGCAACCCCAUAUUCGUGAUGCGUUCCUUCCAAAGCCUUUUGCAGCUGAGUAUCGGUUCCGAGGAGGAGUUGUCCAGCCAGACGGCCAAUGCGGAGUUUGCCAACUUCAUUGCCGAGCGAUUCCUUGGCGUGAUCACCUACUUCGAGAGCUGCUUGAGUGAAUCGGCCUUCGAGAAGCCACUGAAGGAGGAGACCCUGUACAGCUUGGGACAGAUAAUGCGCUUUGUGGGCUCCCAGCACGUGACCCAGUUCAGAUUCAAGAUCAUCGCCAUGCUGAGCUUCGUCCACACGCUGCAGGAGCCUCGUCUGCAGCGCAUUUGCCUGAAGAUCUGGCACAUAUUCCUGCAUGUGGUGAAUGUGCAGGAGCUGGGGCCGUCGCUGGGCAGGAUUGUGGCCACCCUGCAGCCGCUGCUGGCGGACAGCGAGAGCGUUAAGCAAGUCAACGAUCUGUAUGAGUUUAUAAUCCUGCGCAACGCCUCGAUGUUGGGCAACUUUAUAACUGAUCUGUACUUCCUGGAUCGCAUGGAGCACGUGGCGCCCUCCAUUCAAAAGUGCAUCAGAAGGCAUACAGCACACCUGGACCUGAAGGGAUCGUCCGAGGAGGAGGGGCAAUCGAAUGCAGCGCCACAACUGGUGGAACAGUUGCGUUUCCUGCAGAAACACAUCACAGACGAGUGCCUGCAGGUGCGCGUCUAUGCCCUCCAACAUCUGGGGGAACUUUUCGGCCGGCGAAGAGACCAGCUAAACAGCACGAUCCUCAGUGAAGUGCCGCUCGAACCGCUGCUGGAGCAGAUUGUGAACGUCCUAAUGGCUGGCUGCCAGCACGAUGAUGGUCAACUGCAAAUGGCCUCGGCCAAGUGCCUUGGCGAACUGGGAGCCAUCGAUGCCAGCUACCUGCCCUCGAACUACAACUUUGCCAGUCCGCAGCCGCUGCCGCUCAACAUACUGUCCGAUGACUUCGCUGUCUUGGCACUGACCGCUCUGUGCCGUGGCUAUCAGUUCCAGCAGAAGACAAAGCAUGUGGAUAGCUUCUCGCUGGCCAUCCAGGAGACGCUGGCCACUUGUGGCAUCUCGCCCAAGGAGCAGAAGAAGGUGCAGCUCUGGCAAUCGCUGCCGGCCCGCAUGCGCCAGGUGAUGGAGCCCAUGCUGCACUCCUGCUACACCUGUUGCCAUCGUCCGAAUACCUGCCUGCAGCAGCCACUCUUUGGCAGCCACUACUCCCACAACUUCUAUGAGGAGUGGGCCUUUCUCUGGGCCAGUCGACUGAUCGACUACAUCCAGUCCGCGGACACGCGCCAUCUACUCAGCUCCUACAAGCCCUGCAUCAAGCGGGAUGGCAACAUGCUGAGCACCUUCUAUCCCUACAUCCUGCUGCAUGCCCUGCUCGAGUGCACGGCGGAGCAGAGGGCCCACAUCCAGGAGGAGUUCAUGGCCGUGCUGCGAGCCAAUGAGGAAAGCUCCAGCUCGGUGAGGGGUCGCCAGGAGCUGGGGGCCAUCAAGGAGAAUGCCUUCAAGCAGUUCGAGUCACGAAAGUAUGCAGCUGGAAUCAAGCCAGCACAGGGCAGCUCGGUUCUGGAGCGGAAGGAGGACUCCAGUCGUGUGCCCCGACUGGCUGGCAAGCUGUGCGCCGAACUUUUGGACUUUCUGCAGCGCUGGCUCAGGGAGUGGCAGCGAAUUCACGGCCGUAGCACUGCCGGAAAGCCUCCGGAGACGAUAGAUCCUAACUACAGGAAGAUCCAUGAGUUCCUUAACCAGAUACCCAAGCUAUUGGUGUCCCGCGCCAGCUACAAUUGUGGAGAAUAUGCUAGGGCCCUCAGCUACCUGGAGAGCUAUCUGGAGGAGGGCGAGGACAAGUCGAAGAGAUUAUUGGAGCAGUUCACGUUCCUCGUGGAGGUGUACGGCUCUCUGAGGGAUCCGGAUUCGGUGGAGGGAGCUGUGCAGGUUCGCAGUUACGACAUGAGUGUCACGCAGGACAUCCUGGUCAACCGACUGGUGGAGCGGCAGCAGGAUAUGAUCACCUCCUACGAGCAGCUGCUCUCCAGCACGGAUCAGAUGCAGCCGGAUCACGUGCGGGCCAUGAUCGACGCCUAUUUGAGGGACACACCCAAGACGGCUCAGUUGAUAGCUGAUGGUCUCUGGCAACGACUCUCUGAUCAGUAUUCGGAGCAGUGCUUCGCGGAGUGCAAGUCGGAGUUGCUCUGGCGCCUGGGCAGCUACGAUGAGAUGGAAGAGCUUCAGUCCAACUGGCCGGCCCAGUGCUCCCAGGGCUGUCUCAAGCUGCGCAGGCCACUCACCACGCGCAACGAAUUCGAUGCAUUGCUGGACGGGAUGCGUGGAUCGGUGCUGGAGCAGCUCAGAAGCUGCUCUGCCGUACAGCAACACUCGUAUGCCAAUGCCUACGAUGCGGUGUUGAAGCUCCAUUUGGUGCACGAACUGCAGUGCAGCCAGCAGCUGGUGGAGAAACUGGAACAGGAUCGCGAUCGCGACAACCAGGAGAAGCUAAUGAAGAAGUACUUCGAGGACUGGCAGUAUCGCCUGCAGGUCAUACAGCCGCAAGUUCGCGUCCAGGAGUCAAUCUACAGCUUCCGCCGGAACCUAUUGGCUGAGCUUCAACGCCGCCUGUCGGAUCGCGACCACUUGCUGCCCCACCUGCAGACGGAGCUGGCAAGGAUCUGGCUAAACAGUGCCCAAAUCAAUCGGAAUGCCGGCCAACUGCAGCGAGCCCAACUUUAUAUACUCAAAGCGGCGGAAUACAAGCCCAUGGGGCUGUUCAUCGAGCGAGCCAAGCUGCUGUGGCAGAAGGGUGACCAGGUGAUGGCCAUGAACUAUCUGGAGGAGCAGCUGUCCAUCAUGCGAACCGAGUGCCAGGGUAACUUCAAACAGUUAGCACCGGAGCAGCGACAUCUCUUCUUCCGAGGAAAGUAUUUGCAGGCCGUGUACAGUGCUGAAUCGAUGCAUCUGUGCGCGGAUGCCGUGCUUAAGUACUUCGAGGAGGCCAUUGCCGUGCACCGGCAGUCGGAGAGUUGCUUCGUGCAGAUGGCGCAGUUCCUGGAGAAGAUGCGCGAGGCCCGGCAGAGUGGUAAGACGGACCUCACCGGCGAACAAGACGACAUGCUGAUCAGUGUGAUGGUGAACUAUGCCAGAUCCCUGCGCUAUGGCAGCGAGCAUGUCUACCAGUCGAUGCCGCGCCUGAUCAGCCUGUGGCUGGACACCACCGAGAGCUCCACCAACAGCGAGCAGGUGAAGAAGAUGAACGACCUGCUGACCAACUGCUGCUCAGCCUUGCCAGCGGCCAUCUUUUACACGGUCUACUCCCAGAUGCUGAGUCGCCUGUGUCAUCCACUGCCGGAAGUGUUCACUGUUCUAAGGAAUAUAAUCAUUCGCCUGGUGGAGGAGUAUCCGCAGCAGUCGCUCUGGAUGCUCCUGCCGCACUUCAAGUCCGCCAAGGCCUCCAGGAUUAAGCGCUGCAAACUGGUGCUCACCGACAGUCGAUUGCAGAAGGCCUCCUUCCAGAAACUACUCAACGACUUUAACUCACUCACAGAGCGUCUCAUUGAGCUGACCAACAAGGAGGUUACGCUGGAUCGAACCUACAAGCUGAGUGACCUAGACACCCGCCUCACCAAGCUGUGCAAACAGGCGGAAUUCUCAAAUAUACUGCUGCCCUUCGAGAAGUACAUGCAGCCCACGCUGCCGCUGAACUCGGACACCACUACAUCCGCAUUGAACCAGGUGCCUGCGAGUACAGCGACAACCAACUGGUUUCCCUACCAGCAGAUCUACAUCAGUGGCUUCCAGGAGUCCGUGCUGAUCCUGCGCUCGGCGGCGAAGCCCAAGAAGCUGACCAUUCGCUGUAGCGAUGGCAGGGACUACGAUGUGCUGGUCAAGCCCAAGGAUGAUCUGCGUCGGGAUGCGCGGCUGAUGGAGUUCAAUGGCCUGGUUAAGAGGUACCUCCACCAGGAUGCUCCGGCCAGGCAGCGGCGACUCCACAUUCGCACCUACGCCGUGCUGCCGUUCAACGAGGAGUGCGGCCUGGUCGAGUGGCUGCCCAAUCUGGCCUCAUACCGGAGCAUCUGCAUGAGCCUGUAUGCCCAGCGGGGACAGGUGAUGUCCUCGCGGCAACUGCACCAGCUGGCCGUGCCACUAAAUGAGUCGCUGGAGCGCAAGCGAGAGGUCUUCACCAAGCAGCUGGUACCCGCCCAUCCGCCGGUGUUCCAGGAGUGGCUGCGCCAGCGAUUCGUCACCCUGCACAGUUGGUACGAGGCGAGGAACACCUACAUCCGCACCGUGGCCGUCAUGUCCAUGGUGGGCUACAUCCUGGGACUGGGCGAUCGCCAUGGCGAGAAUAUCCUGUUCGCCGAGGGUAAUGGCGAUGCCGUCCAUGUGGACUUCAAUUGCCUGUUCAAUCAGGGCGAGCUGCUGGCCUAUCCGGAGGUGGUUCCAUUCCGGCUCACAAGGAACAUGAUCGUGGCCAUGGGGCCGCUGGGCGUGGAGGGCAGCUUCCGCAAGUGCUGCGAGAUCACGCUGCGCCUGCUGAAGCAGGAGACCAAGACCCUGAUGUCCAUGCUGCGGCCCUUCGUCUACGAUGUGGGCGCGCAGACGCGAAAUGGAGCCGCCACGGCCAAGAUCACAAAGGAUGUCCAGCGCAUUGCCGAUCGCCUGCAAGGACACGUCAAACGUCAGCAGGCCAACAGCAUUCCUCUUUCGACCGAAGGACAGGUCAACUUCCUCAUAAACGAGGCCACCAAGGUGGACAACUUGGCCGUCAUGUACAUUGGCUGGGGAGCCUUUCUUUAAAACGGUGUGAUCUAGCUCUUAUGGAUUAUAGAAUUUCCAGAAAAUACUACUUCCACAGACUGCUUGCUGUUAUAUGUGUAAAUAUUUAUAGUUAUUUUUAUUUAGGUAAGUGAAAAGGGAAUAUGUCUAGAAAUGUUUGCUCGAUUGUUAUUUGUUAAGUUGAGAUAAUUUAAAACUCAUUAAAUUUUUUGUAAGGAUUCUUGUACAAUGACAAUAAUUCUUUGUGCUAAAAAAGUCGUAAAGCUCCUAGUUAAAUGAAUAUAAAAUAAUGUAAAAACACCAUUAGGAAUUUAGAGAGUAUUAACGUUUAAUGAU